AUGAUCAGUGCCCUUUUCUGGAACAUUAGAGAUGUGCGGACCAAAAAAGCUAUACACAGACUGAAAAGUCUGAUCAAAUUAAAUAAUUCUCAAUUUGUUGCUAUCUUUGAGCCUUUUAUCGACAAAAAGAAAAUAAAGGGUUAUAAGAAAUUUUUGGGAUUCCAAAAUUGCUUAAGUAAUGAAAUUGGUCAGAUUUGGUGUUUCUGGAGCACGAACUUUCAAGCUACAGCGAUAUCCAAUAAAGAUCAACAAAUUACUCUUCAUUUGAAAGAUGGAACCGGUGUUGGUAAUGAAGGAGCAGUGUAUGCCAAGUGCACUGCCCUUGAAAGACAAGAACUAUGGGAUGACCUAACUGAUAUUUCAAAUCAGGUUCAAAGUGGCUGGUGCAUUGGAGGUGACUUUAAUGUAAUUCUCGAGCCUUCUGAAAAAAUAGGUGGCAAGAUUCAUAGAGCUUACAAAAUAUUUGAUUUUGCUGCAUGUAUGAAUAGAUGUGGCUUGGAAAAUGCAGGAUUUGUUGGUUCAAACUACACCUGGUGCAACAAUAGAAGACCAGGGAAAAGGAUCUGGAAGAGGCUGGACAGAAUUAUUAUUAAUGGUAAUUGGCUCCAGAGGUUCAAUAAUGUUACGGUCAGACAUCUUAGCAGGACAGGCUCAGAUCAUAGGCCUCUUCUGUUAAAAUGUUAUGACAGUAAUAAUAAUGCUAUCAAACAUUUCAGGUUUCGUUAUUUUUGGGUGGAACAACCUGGUUUCAUGGAUUUGGUGGGGCAAGAUUGGCAAAUAGAAGUAAAAGGGAAUCCUAUGUGGAUUUUGCAACAGAAACUUAAAAGAUUGGGAAAAAGACUUUCUAAGUGGUCUAGAGAAGACAUUGGUGACAUUUUCCAGAAAGUGGAAGAAUGGGAAGCUACUCUACAACGUUGGAAUAUGUUGAUGCAAUUGAUAAGAAUGAACAGUCUAGAACAAAGCUAA